CCACAUUUGCAGACAUGAAUGUCCGCGGCCAGCACAGUACGCUAUUUUACUCGAGAGGAGAUCUAUCGGCUCACCCGCAGACAGUCCAGCAAAUGGCACACACAUGAAGAUGUCAGGAAGACACACACACACAUACACGCGCACACAGAAGAUGACACGAAGGCAGGGAGGGGAAGGGAUAGAGAGGCUCACUCACUCCACAGUGAGCAUCUCUAUCUCAUCAGCUACGAACACCUCACUGCCCCCCAGCAGAGCCCUGGAACCAACCGACACCCCCAUGUAAUCCCCAGCAGCCGACACCGUCCCCCACCACAUACUCGACCUGCAGUUGCGGAUGUCUGUGGCAGGGCGGCCACUGUCCGGGCCAGCACGGCCCAACAUGAAACCCCCACCGACAUACACCCUCGCAUACACGCUUGAACCGCUAGGCACACUCCCUCCCUCCCUCCCCGCCACUUCCACAUCCAGUUCCGGAGGGGUGAGUCUCAUCUUGGUCGGAUUGCUGUAGUGGCCGGCCAGUGAGAACCACCACAUGUACGGGUGGUACUCGUGCGUGCCCGUCGGGUCGUCGGGCAGGCGGAUGCCGUCCCUGAUGUAGACACCGAAGACGUACUGGGCAUUGCGGAUGACAAUCACCAGUUCCGUCUUGUUCUCAACACGGUCCAGCAUGUCACCAUAUGCAGUACCGUCCACAGAGGCCCUGAAGAACCAUCGACUAUUUGGUCUCUGGUUCUCAAGAAAAAGCGUGUACGUCACGUACCUGUAGAGCGUUGUGAGUGUCGUGUCGUUUGUUGCCUCGAGCAGGUGACGAAGGCCGUCGUACUCCGACUCAGACAGCGACGAGCCGGCGGGUGGACCCUCUUGCAGACGACGAACCUACGCGCGCACACGUGUGAACAGACACAGACAGACAGACAUCGAGAGUGAGAGGUUGGCGUGCGUGCGUGUGGGACAUACCUGUGUUGUCUUUGUGAGCGAUACGAAGCCAGAGCUGCCCGCCACACAGAGGGCGAGUGUGACGGCCAGAGCCAUCAGCAUCAUGCCACGAAGAGCCAUUGUACGGCUGAGGGAGCAGAGAGUCCUCGCAAGGAAGAGGGCACCGAUCUCACCGAGUG